AUGGGUGACGAUAACGCUCCGAAGGAAAAGAACAAUGAACCAAUAAACCUUACUGUACAUGGUCAGGAUGGUUCAGUAAUUCAUUUUAAAAUCAAGCGUACCACGCCCUUCAAAAAACUUAUGAACGCCUAUUGCCAGCGGCUGGGUUUAACCCUCUCAAAUGUCCGUUUUACUUGCGAUGGCGAACACGUUCAGUACGAAGAUACUCCAGAAUCGUUGGAUUUGCACGACAACGACACAAUAGAGGUUUUCCAGACUCAAACUGGUGGAAUUUGA